CCGUCAAAGGUCAUAAGGUCACGUAUUGUUGUUGCGAGCGUGGUACGUAAUGCGAAAGUGAAACUGAAAAUGAAUAUGGCGCGUUUUAGAUGGCAGUGAGAGUGUUUUAAAAAUUGCGAGAGUGUUUAAAAUGACAGCAGAAGUGUCAGAUGACGUAGAUAAAGCAGAUUCAAAAAAGAAGGUCCAUUUUGAAGAACAGGGCAAGAAUACCAAAGCAAAACAAAAGUCAAACAAGGCCACGAAGAAAAAGAAUGUCCAAUCUAAAGACGAUGAUAACGCAGAGCAAGCUGUUAACGAAGAAAAAGGUUCAGCAAAAGAUUCUGGUGGGAAACCAAAAUCAAAGAAAAAGCGUACCAAAGAUGGUGAGAGGAGUGCGAGAUGGAAGAAAGUUUCGUCAAAGAUUAAAGACCAAAAGAAUGAUGCCGCUAAGAAAGCAACAGCUGAUUUGAGUAAAACAUGGCCAUUUGUUGACUUUAAAGACCAACUUAAACUUGAUGGGGCAGAGGAGAGUCAGAUAAUAAAGAAUAAAGGGGGCGGAGCCCAGAAUAAACAGAAAUAUUCACCCCUAGAUAUAGCGAAAACAAACAUGCCCACUGUUGGGUUGUUAGGAAAAAACAAGGUCAAAGGUGAUUUUGAGUCAUUGGAAGUUCUGUCUGCAAUUGACGACCAGCAGAAUAGACGACAUAAGGAACGUAUCCAGUCCAAGCUUGAGGUCAUAAAUAAACGUGUACGCAAGACGCUUGAAGAUUACGGUAUGGAUGACGGCAGUGAAGAGGAAGAUGAUCCGUUAAGAUUGCCUGAGAUUAAAAGAUUUGAUUCCCAUUCAGAGCGGAAAAAGAAGAUAGAGGAAAGGAAUAAAGCGAUAGAUCGUAUUGAAGCGUUUGAGGAGAAGGCCGUUCUUAGGAAGCAGUAUUUGACAGAAGUAAUGAUUUGGUUUGAGGAAAAUGUUAACAUGUGCGCCGAUAUGGUGACACCAGAAGAGAUGUCGGAAAUGAUUAGGACCUCAUCUCAGCUACAUAAUGUGAUCAGUAAGUCGUUAGAUGAUUUUAUAACAGCUGGGGAUCUUGUGGUAAAGAAAGGUAAAUUAUUGCUGGAGGAAACUAGCAAGAUCAUAGCGGAGAGGAAAGCCGUGAUGGAAAAGAAGUUAGGAAAAGAAAGGAUUAUUGUCUUUGAUGAUAAGGCUUUACAUGGAGAUCCAUCGAAAUGGGAAUCAGCGGCCAAGACCAUUCUCUCUGUAUUUGAAGAAAGUCAUAAAAUGAUUAAGAAUUUGGCGUUUAAAAAUGCGAUUAGACUGUGUCAGAAACAGUUUGAUUAUAUGAUGAAAACAUACGACAAACGCGUGAAAGAGUUGGAUGAAAAGAAAAAACAGUGUUUGGAAUUGCAAGGGAAACUUAAUUUAGCCAAGUCGCAGUGUGAUAAACUUGGUAGAGAGAUAGAUGAUCAAAAGAGGAAAUUUAACAAACAAUCCCUGGAACUGUUUGAUACCAAAAACGCUCUGGAAAAGCUACAAACAAAGAAUAAGGAAAUGCAUGACAAGAUUGCGGAGUUAACUAGCAAGAUUAAAUAUAUACAAUCAGAGUUGACAGAGAUGAAGAGGACACCAACACCCCCUCCAACCCCUUCACCCCCUCCGUCACCUGAGAAAGUUUAUGUGAAGGUUGUUGAUUCAUCAACUGAACUAAAGCUGAAAGAAGUGGAAGAGGAACUAGAGGGGGCAAAGAGUGACAUAGAGAAAUACUUGGCAGAACUGCAGACAGUGAAAGAUUUGUGUCGUGCAGAACAAGAAAAGAAUAAAGGCCUGAUGGCGAGAAUCACAAUUUUGGAGAAAGAGGCUCAGGAACGACCAACGACUAACGUUCCCGAAACUCCUGUUGCAGAACAAGUUAACAAUGGACAAGAUAAAGAUGUGAGUUACGUCAAGACAUUGAUGACAGGCAUGAAGAAAGACUUUGAAGCAGAACUUGAGAAGGUCAAGUCACAUGUCAAGAAAGAAAAAGCAAGAGGUGAUGCAAGUAUAAAGAAAAUGGAAUUCCUUCAUAAAGAUCAAUUGACAAGCAUACAUAAAGACACUUUACGCAUGCUACGAGGAAUCAUGCAUUUCCGUGAUCACUUGAUGGUGUGUUUUGAGAAAGAGAACCUUGCUGAUCAAGCUCAGGCUCUGCAAGAAUUAGGUGAUAUUAAAGAUAAGUUAUCACCUGAUCCGAAGGACAUGUUGGCUGCUUUAGUGGGCAUAGUUGUAGAUUAUUUAAACAAGAUGGAAGGUAUCUUAAGUAAUGCGUUCCUCGCUUUGAGAGUCUUGAUGAAAUAUCAGAUUGAUAAACAAGUGGAGGCCGAGGUUCAGCAUAGAUUAGCCAUGAAAGAAGUGCAGAGGAAAGCCAGGGCAAUGAAGGAACCAAAAAAGAAUGUGAACUCUCUGGCUAAAUCUCUUAAGAAAGCCAAAAAUAAAUUGAAGAAUGCCAAACAGAAUACAAAAAACUUUGCUACGGAUAGGCAAUACCUAGAUCUUCUAUCAAGGUAUAACAACAUGAUGAAACUUUACCAGGGCAUGCAGAGAGAUAUGGAAGUCUUACAAGGUGACUUCCAUGAUACAAUGCAGAAAAAGUUGGAAGAGCAGGAGACGAUAAUGAUAUCACAGAUUAAAAUGGAGAAGAAACAGAAAAGGGCACAAGUUGAUGAACACCUGAAGAUGUCUAUAGCUGAUCAGAAACAGAAUCUGAAGAUAUUGAGCAUUGCAUAUGAGCAAAAUAAGAUAUCUAAAGAAACUCAAAUGAUGGGCACUGCAAUGAUACAGAAAACUAUGGAAAUUCCACGUCGCAAACUGAAGACAUUGUUCGAAAAGUACAUCACUUACAGAACCAUUAAAGACUCGAAAGAAAGAGUGGCAAGGGUUUUGAGUGACGAAAAGAUGAAUUUGUCUGAUGAUACACGCGAGGAUAUGGAGCAAUAUAUACACACAAUCGAUGGCAAAUUUAGGCAAAGCAUGAAGAGAUGGAAAGAGGAAAUGCAAGAACUGGACCAGGAGAAAAUGGAUCUGCAUAAAAGAAUUUACAAUUUGUUUAAUGAGGCCCUUGUUGAGAGGGGUGUUCUAUUUGUACAUCCGUUGCUUAGAGACCAGAACAAAACAGAGAAUAUUACGAAAGCGGCUUCUAUGAUGAACAGAAAACGACUGCAACAUAUUCUCUUUAAACGAAAACAACUAUGCAAG